AUGGAGCCGUUGGCUUUCCCCCGGCGCCCCGGCCCGGCUCCCUCGGCCGCCCCCGCCCUGACCGCCGAGCUUGCCCGGCCCCUGACAGACGGGCUCAUCAAGUCGCCCAAGCCCCAGAUGAAGAAGCAGGCGGUGAAGCGGCACCACCACAAGCACAACCUGCGCCACCGCUACGAGUUCCUCGAGACCCUGGGCAAGGGCACCUACGGGAAGGUGAAGAAGGCGCGGGAGAGCUCGGGGCGCUUGGUGGCCAUCAAGUCCAUCCGGAAAGACAAAAUCAAAGAUGAGCAAGACCUGAUGCACAUUCGGCGAGAGAUUGAGAUCAUGUCGUCACUCAACCACCCCCACAUCAUUGCCAUCCAUGAAGUGUUUGAGAAUGGCAGCAAGAUUGUGAUCGUCAUGGAGUACGCCAGCCGGGGCGACCUGUACGACUACGUCAGCGAGCGGCAGCGGCUCAGCGAGCACGAGGCCCGCCAUUUCUUCCGACAGAUCGUCUCGGCCGUGCACUACUGCCACCAGAAUGGGGUUGUCCACCGGGAUCUCAAGUUGGAGAACAUCCUCUUAGAUGCCAAUGGAAAUAUUAAGAUCGCGGACUUCGGGCUCUCCAACCUCUACCACCAUGGCAAGUUCCUGCAGACGUUCUGUGGGAGCCCCCUGUACGCCUCGCCCGAGAUUGUCAACGGGAAGCCCUACACGGGCCCGGAGGUGGACAGCUGGUCCUUGGGUGUCCUUCUAUACAUCCUGGUGCACGGCACCAUGCCCUUUGACGGGCAGGACCAUAAGACGCUGGUGAGACAGAUCAGCAACGGGUCCUACCGGGAGCCGCCUAAACCCUCCGAUGCCUGUGGUCUGAUCCGGUGGCUAUUAAUGGUGAACCCCACCCGCCGAGCCACCCUGGAGGAUGUGGCCAGUCACUGGUGGGUCAACUGGGGCUACGCCACCCGUGUGGGGGAGCAGGAAGCUCUGCACGACGGAGGGCGCCCUGGCAGCGACUCUGGCCGGGCCUCCAUGGCUGACUGGCUCCGGCGGUCCUCCCGCCCUCUCCUGGAGAACGGGGCCAAGGUCUGCAGCUUCUUCAAGCAGCAUGCACCCGGUGGCGGCGGCGGCGGCGGCAGCAGCAGCAUUGCCCCAGGCCUGGAGCGCCAGCAUUCACUGAAGAAGUCCCGUAAGGAGAACGACAUGGCCCAGUCUCUCCAGGGGGACCUGGCGGACGACCCCUCCGUUCGCCCUGCCAGGGGCAACCUCAAGCUGCCCAAGGGCAUUCUCAAGAAGAAGGCACUGCCCUCUUUGGAAGCGGCGAGGGAAGACCCUGAGCCCAGCCCAGGCCCCGCAGACCCAGGACAGGCUGGCCCCCUGCUCCCCAGGAAGGGCAUCCUCAAGAAGUCACGGCAGCGGGAAUCUGGCUACUACUCCUCUCCUGAGCCCAGUGAGUCUGGGGAGCUCCUGGAUGCAGGGGACGUGUUUGUGGGUGGGGGCUCUGAGGAGCAGAAGCCCCCCCAAACCUCAGGGCUGCCCCUCCAUCGCAAAGGCAUCCUCAAACACAAUGGCAAGUUCUCCUGCACGGCCCUGGAGCUUCCAACCCCCACCGCCUUCGGCUCCUUGGACGAACUGGCCUCCCCUCACCCUCUGGCCCGGGCCAGCCGCCCCUCAGGGGCUAUGAGUGAGGACAGCAUCUUGUCCUCUGAGUCAUUCGACCAGCUGGACUUGCCUGAACGGCUCCCCGAGCCCCUGCUGCGGGGCUGUGUGUCUGUGGACAACCUCAUGGGGCUUGAGGAGCCCUCCGCAGAGGGCCCUGGAAGCAGGGGCCUGAGGCGCUGGUGGCAGGACCCCCUGGGGGAUAGCUGCUUUUCCCUGACGGACUGCCAGGAGGUGACAGAGGCCUACCGACAGGCACUGGGGGUCUGCUCCAAGCUCAGCUGAGGGUGGGGGGGGGGGAGGGUGGGCACUGCCCGGCCCUGGGCAGGUUCUAAAAUGCAGCUGGCUGCACCCCGAGGGGACACUGCCACGUCCCCCACUCCCAACACUAGCCUCCUGGCCAGGAAGGCUGAGGUGGUUUGCAGUUGAGCCCUAGGGAGGGCUAGAUGGGAAGUGGGCAAGUAAAGCACAUCGAGGGAGGGUUCAGGUCUUCAGCCCUGGGGAACAGAGAAGACAGUAGAGGGGAAGCUAGCAGAGAGCGAGGAGAGGAAGGCGUGGGGCCAGUCCAGGUGGCCCCCUUCCUGUUCACACCAUAGGGCCACAGGCGUCAGGAAAGAGCACUCUCAGAGCCUGUCUCUUUUCUUGCACUGAGUAAGUUUUGUGCAUGGUGACUUCCUGCCAAGGUGGGGAUGGAAACUCUCCCCAUACAGGUCCCAUCCCCACCUGCCACUAAAACUGGAAUGUGGCACCCCCUCAUGUGCCCGGGGUGUCCUGGGAAUGGUCUCCUAGGGGGUACCCAUCCUGAUUUAUCUCCGCGGUAAGAGAACACAACCUCUAUCUCCUCAAAGGUUCUCUCCCCUUUCCCACCCUCCAAACCUGGCCCAAGCCUCCAGGAGUCGGAGUUGCUGCUAGGAAUCUAGAAGACUUGAAAGGGCUCAGGCUGCUGCUAUUAGAUUUCAUCUCACGGGGCCCAGAUUCCCCUGGACCCCACCUUGGACCUCGAAGACUCUAAACAUCUCUGGCCUCCAAGCUGCUCCUGCUACUGAGAAUGGAUGUGUU